GUGAACCAUUAUUAGAGUGAUCUAAGCUACGUAUGUGAAACAAAUAUGUGUUCGAAUUCAGCUUAUAGUCAUACAAUGGGGUACGGAAAUCAACGGCACCUGUUUCGAAAGUGAGGAAUAUAAUACACGUCUUGGAUUUUAAUUGAACAAAAAUGUGAAAUACUUCUCACCUGAUAUUUUUUUUUACACGAAACAUGGCUGUGAGACUGGAUGGGAUGUGGCUGGGAUGCCUCCUGGUGUUGGUGUCUGCAGCGGGAGUAGGGGUGGUGAGGGCAGGGAUCAUCACAGACUCCUACGGUAACAAGGCCUGGGGUAACGGGACCAUCACGUGGGGAUCAGUACCGACGGGCAUCGCCUAUAAGACUGUAAAUUCUUACUCAAAUGACGGACUUGGUCUGCUGUUUUCCUUCACCAGAAGCUUCAUUAACACAGUGCAGCCAAAUGAUUUCCCUUUCAGUCUUAUCAAAGACGUUUUAAACAACAACUUUGAUAUCGGAGAAAGGUAUAUGGAGCUCGUGAACUACGCUAUGGGGUUCGGAAUCUGCUUUGUUCUUGGACUGCUCUACGUUAUCUUUAUGCCGCUCUGUGGCUGCUGUUUCUGCUGCUGUCGAUGCUGUGGUAAUUGUGGUGGCAAUCUGAAACAGGUUUAUGAUGAAAACGAAGGUUGUAAAAGAAUGGGGUUUGCACAGGCGCUCUUCUUACUUGCGGUUUGUUUAUUGGGUUCGGCAGCUUGUGUUUACGCCACUAACGACCGAUUCACAAAGGCACUCGACUACGCUGACGUCACUAUCGGCACCAACUUGGACGAUUUGUCGGCUUACAUCAACAACUCGGCCAGUGAAUUUUCGUAUAUCGCUUUGGAUAUGUACGACAUUGUGAGCAAUGCUGUUAUCUCUGACAUUGGAGAUCUGGGUCCGCUGGUAUACAACGCUAUAAGUUCGAGUCUGGAUAUCAACACAGUCAUUGACUCCGUCAUCGCUCUGGACACGACCCUGAACUCCAUAAGCACCAACAUGGCACAGGUGAUCUCCGACAUAACCGCCAUAAAGAGUACGGCCAGUACUCUGGAAUCGUCCAUAAACAAUCUAGCUUCGGACAUCACCACCACCAAGUCCUCGUGCUCCAGUGACUGUGUGCCCACCACCGCGUGUGACAGCUUCUCAACGUCAGGGCUUACAAUGAGUGCAGAUUUCUCAACGCUGCCAGAUCUAUCGUCCACACAGUCGGCCGUUGACGCUGUGGUGGCACAGAAUCUCACAGGGAUUGCCAGUACAGCUAGUUCUGCGCUAGACGGCAUAGCGACAACAGUGAACAGCUCGACCGUGACUGUACGAGACUCCCUUCAAACGACAAUGAAUACCUUCAAGGGUACACUCAAUACAAUGGUAGACGACCUCAUCAGAAACCUUGACAGCGAGUUUGCAACGGAUAAAAUAAAGGCAGAUAUGAAAACUCUGUUUACAACAGCAAAAGACUACGAUCUAUACAGGAUAUACUUUGGGUAUGGUUUGAUGGGCGUGUUCUCACUUAUACCGCUAAUGUUUAUAAUCGGUAUCCUGUGUGGGUGCGCAUGCCUGGGAGAGAACGUCCGGCCAACGGAGAGAGGCUGUAUUCCUAGUUGUGGCGGCUGUCUUAUGAUACUAGGCACUGGGCUUAUAUUUCUCUUGUCCGGGUUCCUGAUGCUGCUGACCACGCUCUCAUUUAUGAUUGGUGGUAACUUGGAGAAAAUUUGUCAGACACUGAUUGACCUUACCAUAUUCAAAGAGUUUCUGGACGUUGGGGGCCUGACGAGUUUUAAUUUGGGGGAAAUGUUGUUGGAUAACGCGACCAUAACCAUCAGCAUGUACAGUCUACUAAUUGGAUGUCGGGCCAACAAAGCACCAUUCAAUCUGCUACACCUUGACGCUAUUCUACCUUUGGAUAGCGCCCUCAACUACUCACAGUACCUUGGAGACAUCGACUCUCAGUUGAAUGACAUGACCAACAAUGUGGAUUUAUCCAACUUCAAGGUACUCACAACUGACAUGCAGAACAGUUUAAACGACUUCAAAACCUCGGGCAUAGACUCGAUAGACUUUGGAACUAUGAAUUCAACGCUUGCCCAAAGUAUCACGUCAGUUGACUUCACAUCGCUCAUCUCUUCGAUGACGGCUAUUGAAAGCCUAUGUACAGGAACCACACAGUCAAGAUGGCAGACCCAUAUAUCGACAGCGACAACUAUAAGAGAUGUGGAGAUACCAGCUGUGGAAUCGGCUAAGACAGCCCUACAGACAUCCUUAAGUGCUCUGGAGAAUUCCAUAGGAGGGGUCACAGCACAAAUUGACCACGUGUUGGCUACAGCUGCUGAGGCAGAUAACCAAAUUCAAAACAACGUCACUUCCGUGUUGUCAUCAGCUGCUGUUACCUUCAAGGAUCAAAUGCUGUCCUACGUUGAUUCGUAUAUUCUCAAAGUUCGUGACAUGGUGUAUAACGACUUGGCUAAAUGUCUACCGCUUUGGACUCUGUACGAGUCUAUGACAACUAUGUUGUGUAGUUACACCGUGGAUGCAUUAAACGGAUUCUGGUUCGGUCUCGGUUGGGGUUUGUUGUUUGCUAUUCCGUCUGUUGUGAUGGCUGUUAGAGCGUCAAAGUAUUACAGAAAAAUGAACGAGGAUGAAGGCUAUGACGAUGGGGUGAAACCUGAAAAUGAGGACAUCGACUAUUUUGAAGUACGCUACAACGCAAUGAAAAAGUACAAAAACAGGAAAGUGACGCCGGAUUAUUAUGACUGAUAAUGCCUGUCAUGUCUUUGCUGUGGACCUAUAACUUCUAUGUGCAUGAAGUAACAGAAACUACCUGCAUUAAAUAAUAUCAUGUUUUUCUGAAUAUUUAUUUUGAGCAAAUAUCAUCGUUAAAAUGUAUCAUCUGUGUCAUAUUUCCGGUUUUCAGAGAUGUUAAAAUAUCUAGGCUAUGAUUUAUAGUACGUGGAUGAUAAAAAUAUGUUAAUACUGUUAGUUUGUUGUAUGAAAUUAAAAAUAUUAUAAUAGAUAACCCAUGGAAACAUCGUGUUCCUCUUUUAGACCUUAGUAAGGUUAACACUUGUAUAUGAGUAAUGUUGAAUUGUUGUUACAAAUCCUUUUAUCCAUCCACGAGUACAGAGAACAAUUCCAGCUGACUGUAUCGGUCUUUUACGAAGUGAAAGAAGAACAACUGUAAACUCUGGAGUAUCUCGAAAAUUUGGCGUUUUUCUUUUAGUAAUUGUGUGGACUCAUAAAAGUUGAUGGUAUUUUCUAUUCGAAUAGUAACGAAAUAUAUGACAGAUAAUAUAUUUACUUUUGUUACGUUAAAUUCUUUUCAUCGCAUUUUUGUUUAUAUAGGCCUUUACACAAUAGAAGCUCAAUAAAUCUUUUUUUUACCUUACAUUUGAUUAUCAUUUUGAAUUCAAAAUUUCUUCGAUCCUACAUUUCAAUGUCAGCAUCAAUAUAUUCCGUCUUUGCGUAUUGCAGAGUUACCUUCUCUUGUGAGCAGGUAUUGAUUGUUACGU